GGGGCGCUUUCUGGAGCAGCUGCUGACAUGUUUUAAAGGGAGGGGAGGGGAAAUUUGUGGAUUUGGUUGUGGUGGUGGGGUGUUUUUAUUUAUUUAUUAUUUAAAAGGGGGGAAGAGAGAAAGCCUUUGUUUUCCAUUUCGACGAGUUCAAAGGUUUGCCCUAGAAGAUGGUAAGUUAAGUAAAAAAGGUGGUGUUCCAAGUUCUUCAGGGGCAGCCACGCUUUUUUACUUCGUCGGUAAAAAAGAAUGGCUUUUCAGAGAACUGCGAGGGCUAAGUCGGGGGAUGGAGCCGGGGGGGGGUGGAGCUCCCCCCCAUCCAUGUAGGGAAGGGGGAACGGGGUCCGUUCGUCGCCCCUUUCGGAAUCUAGCGGCGCGCGCGACGAGGUGCGCUUUUUGUGAGGGGAGGAGAGGCCGGCUCGACUCGGCCUCGAAAUAGCGGCUUGGGGUGAAGGCGGCCCUUCCUCCUCCGCACCUAUUGAGGGGUCGAGGGCUGCCGUGGGGAACGGGAAGAGAAGCGGGCCUCGAAAGGCUUCGUGAAAAGCCGUCGGAAAGGCCUCCGUAGAGCGCGAGGAGGGAAGGCGGUGAGGGGAAAGGGGCACCAUUUUGUCGCGCGGCGAUUUUUAAAAAAACUUUAUUUGAAGGCGCUGCCCCUCCCGCAAAACGGGUUCCCCCCAUUUGUUGGGUGUCUGGAACUGGAAGAGAAUAGUCCUCUCCAACGGAUCAGCUAACGCUGAAUUUGAGCACGCGUGUUGUGUGUGUGGAGUGCGAAGCGAGCGGCUCCAAACGCGCAGGAAUGGCGGGCACCGCCGCUGCGUCCGUGCUGCGCACGCGCACCAGGCCCUGCCGCUUUGCGACUGAAGAAGAACGGUCUGAAUUUGGGUUCGCGGCUAACGCGAUGUGUCUAAUAAUGAGCCUUGGUUGGCAGUAAUAUCGGGGUGCGGGGCACCUGUUCGCUAUGGUUCGUUUCUUUCUUGGAGGAAACAUGUCUCGUAGUUACUUAACUCUUGUCAACUAGGAGGUAGCGGCGUGGAAGAAACUGCGAGAAAGGGCUUCUUCAGUCUGUGCAGCCUCGGUGCAAGCUGCCAAUGCGAGAUCGGGGGGCGGGGAGGGUGUAGGGAGCUAGCACUUUUAUUUCAAGGGUUUGGGAUCCCAAGCAGCUCGCAAGGCUCCUAAGUAUCCUGGCGAAUGCUUUGCAGCCCGAGCCAUCUCUUGCCCAAUGAAAAUGUCUCCUGCUUGUUCCCCCUCUCUCCCUCGAGGGGCUUCAGCUGCUUCUCAGUGUCCAGGCCUCCGGGGUGGGGUGGGACAAGCUGGGGAGGAAGCAGCAGGGCAGCUGCCCAUACCAAUGUGGUGGCCCACUCCAGCUGCCCAGUCCAGCAAGGGGGUGCAACACUUGCACCAGCAACCCACACGGCAUCUCUGCAACUAGGUAGGGACAGGUAGCUUUGAUCUUGUAAAGACCCCACAGAACUACAGAAUCGCUCGACUAUUCUGUUUAAUUCUUAAAUCGAGGCCUUAAGAUUUUAAAGAGUUUAAAAUAUUUUUAUUAGGCAUGUGUUGCUUGGAGACUGUAAUGAAUCUACAGUAGGACCAAUGUUUUUCUCUGUGCGGCACGGUACUUAACAUUUUCCAACGCAACAUUCUAAAACAGUCAUGUUGCAGACAAACUUCAAGGGAAGGUAAAAAGAAUCCUGAUGUUAGCUAGGAAAAUGCACUUGGUAUUCUGUUCUGCAUGUUAGUUUUAUCCACAUGGAGCAGAAAAUGUCUAAUAAACAAGUGUGAAAAUUCUUGUAAAAUGGUAUAUAAAAUUUGUUCAUAGUCUGCUGCAAAUCAAGACUCCCAAAACAUUACCCGAGAAGAAAAUGCUCAGUUGCCUGCAACAAGCCAAGGCUAUGUUCUGCCUGAAGGGAAAAUCAUGCCAAAUACCAUUUUUGUGGGUGGAAUUGACAUUCGGGUAUGUAUUCUUUUUAUUUUGAGCUUAUUAAUAUUUGUUAAAAUUGGUGCAUUGAUCUGUCUUGAGGACUUGGGGCAGAUGAGUAUAUGCACAAUAAAGGCACAAUAAGCUUUUAUGGGAACUUAAGUCCAAAAAGUCCAAAACUUAGGGGGACUUAAUUCUGAUUAGAUAUGCAUAGGAUUGCACUGAAAAACUACUCUAGCCCGGAUAUUACUUAAGGUCCCCUAUUUGGUUGCUUUAUGUGGAGGUAUUAUCACUAGUGCUGCUUUUAAAUACAUUACUCAGACUUAAGAAUUUUCAUCUUGCCACAAUAAAAAAAUAAUCAUUGGCUGUCCAGAGUAGGAGCAAAUGUUUGACACAUUGUAAUCACAAGAUCUUCAAAUGCAGCUGGAGAGCUAGUAGCAUUACUACUUUAGUCAAAAUAUCUCUAAUUUGGUGUUCAAAAAACUGCACAGCCUUUAGAAAUGAUUUUUACAACCUUAUUUUCGCUUGGAGAAAUAUCUUGUGCUCAGGAUGCAUUGAAGAAAAUAUAUGCAGUAAGCCUCAGAAACCCAAUGAGAACUUUUAGGCAGUGUGCUGCCUUCUUACAUUGAGACUCAGUACUUCUCAGCCUCCCUCAGUGAUCAUGCUAAGGAUAAUUCCAGUUCUCUCACUCAUACAUGCCUUUCCCCCAUUACCUUCUGUUCUUAUGCUGCUGACUAAAGCUAGCUAUUUUAAGUCUUGUUUAAGUUUUAAAAUAUCCUCAGUAGGCAGUGUUAGAAACUGAGAUGAAAUCUAGGAGUAAAAUGGCAAAAACCUAGGUUAUGGGCACAACACAGGAAUGUCUAGGUGUGGUUUUUUUUAAUAAGAAAAAUACAAAGCUGAAAAUGAAUGAACUGCAGCUAAAAUAUUAUGUUCAUUUUUCACAUGGUCUAGUCCUUCCCCUGCCCACCCCCUAAUAUUCUUAAGAGGGUCUUCUCCAGUCUUCAGAAAGCAGAUGGAAGUGGGGAGGCAGAAAAAGGUCCUCCUUUCCUCCCACUCUGCAGUUUUAAUCUGAAAUCUUAGGCACAGUACUGUGCCCAGAGCUCAUAAACUGCUCGUGCUAAUGAAAUUUCCUGUUGCAAAAUGCGCCUAGAACAAUGGGAGUUUUGGACACUUGUCAGUCAGCAUAUUGCUAGCCCAUAGAAUAGGCAUAUUGACUCCAUUCAGCUUCUAGCACUUCGUUAAGCAACAAUAAUUUAUUGUUGCUGCAGGAUCAUAAACUGCUGAGAGUUAAUUAUUUUGCUGCAAACACUUUUAAAACAAUUUUGAAGCCAUACUUGUUAGAUUCAUGAUACUGCAAUGAUUUUCACUGUGCCUUUGCUCAUAUGGUGCAAUGUACUUCUAGAUGGAUGAGACAGAAAUUCGGAGCUUCUUUGCACGAUAUGGCACUGUUAAAGAAGUGAAAAUAAUCACCGACAGAACUGGUGUGUCCAAGGGGUGAGUAGAUUGCCUUGAUAACAGUGUGACCAUUAAUAAGGUGUCAGUCAUACCAAAUUAGCCUAUUAGCUGCUAGGGUAAAUGUGGAUGGGGUAAGAUAAGCACAGGAAGUAUCAGUUGCUAUUAGAGAUAUCAGUACAUCGUAGAUCUGUGUGAGCUGUGAAUUGGUAAAUCCCAGCCAUGAACACUGUAAAUGGUUUAGUGUCUCUGAUUUUUAACUCGUGUCUUUGUAUUUUAUUGUAAUAGUGUUUUGAUUUUGUCCUGCUAAAUAUGUUUUCAGGCCUUCGGAAGAGAUUAGGUAUGAGUUUAAAGUAGUCGCCUCCUGUAGAAUACUGUUCUUGUUUUACAUUUGAUGCUGCUGUGUAUUUUAUAUCUGUUAAAGUAUUUUAUUUUUUCCCUCUGACAAUUUGAUGAAAAGUGGGAUAUAAAUGCAACAAAUAAAAUAAUACAUAUGUGUUUAAUCAAUAUUGUAAGCCACUUUGUGGGAUCUUGCAGCCAAAGGGUGGGAUAUAAAUCUUCAAAAUAAAUGGAAUUUAUUAAGAAGCAAUGUGGCUAUCAAUAAAUCUACUUGUCCUUGACUUUGAGAAUUACAAGGAAGUGACAAUCAAGUUUGAGAAAUUAGUAGUGUCUCUCCACCCCCAACUUUCAGGAACUUAACUGCUGUCAUCCAUUCUUCAUCUCAGUUUGGUUUGGGAUUGUACUUGCCUUGGAUGUUUUUCUUCUAGUCUAUGAGGUUCAGUUUACAUGGUGGUGCUAAUGCUGAAAAGUUACACUACUGUAGCUAAUUUUGACUUACCUUUGCAGGUAUGGAUUCGUGUCAUUUUUGGACAAUGUCGAUGUACAGAAAAUAGUAGAAGUAAGUUGUCAUUUGGGAUGUCUUAUAUGUGAGAAUUAUCUUGAAUAUCCAAGGGUUCAGUUCUGGUUUGGCAUGGGAUCGGUAAGGGGUUCAACUUGCAAAGAGAACAUUGGAUUAGAGUGGCUGAUCUUGGUUUCAGGUGGGAUGCAAAUUGACUGUUUUCAAGAGUCUCCUUUCUACCCAAAGACUGUUUCUUCUCAUUCCAAAUGUUCAUUUAGCAGAUAAAUCUGUAUCUUCUUGCGUUGGGUUCAGUCUGCUAUACUUCUGAUUAUAAUUUGUUUACACGUAGGUUCUUAGCCUCUGUAGAAAUGGUUGCAUUAUCAGACAAUGCUUGCAGGUUUUAAACUGCUAUUGAAAAAUAAUGAUUUAUUGAUAAGUGUACAUCACUCCUGAAUAACUGACUUUAUUCAUUGAAGAAAUGAGUAAGCUUCUGUAGCUGCUUCACCAGAUCAAGGUACAUCAAAGUUCUUUGCCCGAAUAAGUUUAAAAAGAAACUCUUCUUUGGAAAUCUGUGUUUAGUGUAUCAGUACACUACCAGCGUGGUAAAAAUCUUUCUUUGUUUCUUUUUUGUACUGUUCCGCCUUUUUGCUUAUUUUACAGAAUAUAUUUGCUGUAUAUCCAAUUUGUCAGUUAGCACUUCUAGAAAAAAACAAAUUAUAAUAGAGAAAGUACGAAUUAGAAUGACAUACCAUGAAAGCAGUUGCAGAUGCUUGUGGCGUUUGUAUGUUCCAUAGUCUGCAAUGUUUAACCCAAUUAAGAAAAUGUAGGGAUCAAACUCUCACAUAACUCUUUUUUCAGUCACAAAUCAACUUCCAUGGGAAGAAACUCAAACUAGGACCUGCAAUAAGAAAACACCCAAACCUAUGUGAGUAUCGUUAAACACGUUCAACUAUAUCAGAUGAAACUUUGUAGUACCAAACUUAAUGUUGUUACUAUAAUUUAUAAGUAUAAAUCACAGCAAUAAUUAUGGAAUUUAAACAUAAAUAACUUAUACGGAUUUGUACCAUAGUGUGUUGUUUUGCUGAUAAAACCAAAUAUUUUUACAGAGCAUUUGUAAUUCUUCCCAGGGAACAGCAGGGAAGACCUGCAGAGAUAUCCCAAGCUCUGCUUGCUUGUGCUAGCCAUGGCAGAAUGUGGUGUUCAUGGCUGUUUUCUGGCUUAUUGCUAGACUCUUUGGGUUGACAUAGUUUAAAGGCCCAGGCAUCCAUGGAGUUUUGAAUCCAGAAGAUCUCCACUGGCGACCUGUCCUAAAACACUGUUUCAGAGCUUUCCAUCAGCAGGAGAACCUUCAGUGAUAGCUUCCUGUUUGGGCAAAGCAGGGAGGGACUGCCAACAUGGCAAAUCUCUCCUCAGCUGGCAGUUCCUUUAUCUUAAUAAGUCCAGUGGAGAGACAGCUAUAUGCUAUCCUAGUGCCUCACCCAGUUCACAUAAGGUGUGUGUUUGACUGCCUCUUGUGGAUGCAAUCCUAAACACACUAACUAGGGAGUAAGCCUCAUUGAAGACAGUGAGAUUUACUACUUGGUGAACGUGCAUUCACAAGAGUAACUCUUGUGCAUGAUGUAGUUCAGUUGCAUAUCUGCUAAUGCUGUCUGUGACUUCUAUGGAACUAGAAAAAUAUUACAGUACCAGCUGUACAAUUUCUUCAGGAUAAAGGAGCCUAAACUUGUAUUUUAAAAUACAGUACAACACACUUGCAACUUAGGCACAUUUAACUUGUGUGCAUUAAAAAACCACACACAAUUGAAAAGGGGGUAGGCACCCAAGGGAAAAAAAACUUUGGUAAUCACACCCACCAUUGUACCCAAUGUGUUUUGACGAUAUGUGAUUUUGGCUUUAGGCGCUAUGCCCAGAAUAUAACCCCCACGUAAGUUGUGGGCUUACUGUAUAUGAAAGUUCUCAAUGCUUCCCUUGUCUUCCAAGGUGCCUAUCAUGUGCCACCGAGACCAGUGCUUAUUAAUUCGCCCACACCUCAGUUCCACAGCGUUUGGAGCAACCAGGAAGCAUAUUUGCAGCCUCCAGCUGUGAUGAGUCCUGUCACACAAUAUGUUCAGGUAACAUUUUCUAAAGUAGGGCCUUAAUACAAAUGAACAGCACUCCACAGUUAUUUUAUAUUUCGGGUUACUGAAAAAAAAUUGAAUUUAAAGAUUCAAUGUUUUCUGCAUAAAUGGUGGACAGAUGUGACUUAAGCAGUACUACAAGAAUAAGGGUUGUAUGUUGUAACCAUUACUCCUUGCUUCCUUGUCUAUUGCAAAGGCUUGGAAUGGGUUAAGGUAAAGGGACCCCUGACCAUUAGGUCCAUUCGUGGCCGACUUGGGUUGCGGCGCUCAUCUCGCUUUAUGGGCCGAGGGAGCUGGCGUACAGCUUCCAGGUCAUGUGGCCAGCAUGACUAAGCCGCUUCUGGCGAACCAGAGCAGUGCACGUUUACCUUCCCGCUGGAGCGGUACCAAUUUAUCUACUUGUACUUUGACGUGCUUUCGAAUUGCUAGAUUGGCAGGAGCAGGGACCCAACAACAGGAGCUCACCCCGUCACGGGAAUUCGAACCGCCGACCUUCUGAUUGCCAAGUCCUAGGCUCUGUGGUUUAACCCACAGCGCCACCCGUGUCCCUUUGGAAUGGGUUACAUUUAGCUAUAUUUAAAUCGGGGCUUUUUUUUCUAGAAAAAGAGGUGCUGGAACCUUUUGUUGGGGGGAGCAACCAACUAAAGUUGUUUUUACGUGGGAAGACAUCUCUUCUUCGCCCGCUCACCAUGGCAAAAUAACAUAAACAGCCGCUGCCUACAUCACACAGCUCCAAGUGCCAUAGUGCCUCUAUAGCACAGCACCAAGCACUGUGACGGGCAACAGCAACGCUACAGAGGUGCCGGAACUCAGUUCCAGUUAGUUCCGGCUUAAAAAAGCCCUGAUUAAUACACUUCUGAAACAUUACAUGAGAACUGGCAAACAUAAAAUGCACGUGGGCUAAAGGUUUCAUUCUCCGGACACAGAACAUUCAUGUAGUUUGUGCCUCCCAUGACAUAAACUGUUAAUCUAAACCCAAAGCUGCUAAUCUUCCAUAGUUACAUCUUUCCAGAAGCAUGUAAAUCUUCUAAGUUGUCUAUUAGGGAAGGUGGGAUUCUCAUGAAUUAUUUCAUAUGGGGUAGCACUCUUGGUACAGUAAAUAGCUGAAGUGCUAGGGCAGCCUUUUUACCUUUUGAAACAAAGCUUUCUACUAAACUAAACGCAGCUUUGAAUUUGUCAUAACUCAUAUGUUCCUCUUAACUAGUCAGUUCGCUCAAGACAGCAGCCUUUUUGUGUGGUGUCUUGCUAUUAGAACUUCAGAUACAGUUAUGUUUGCAGGUCCUUUCCACUUCAAAUCUGGUUUAACUAAACUUAUCUUAGACCCGUGGAGACAUAUAUUUGGUUUAAACAUAAAUGAAGCAGCAGUAACCUCAGGCUCACAUUCUCCUCCCCUUUACAUGUGAGGGGAGGAGAUUUAAAGCUUCCUGGCUUCUUGGCUUUUUUUUUUAAAAAAAAGAACUUGUGAUUUGAGGAAAAUAUUUGCCAAGUUUGGAUGCAGCAAGAAAUAGGAAGUUUUAAAUAACUUAAGAAGAGCUCUGCUGGAUCUGGUCAAAGACAAUAGCACUCAAGUUACUCAUGAUUCCCAACAACUGGUAUUAAGAAGUAUGCUGUCUCCUGUCUCUAUGCAUGAAGGUGAAGAGGAUGCAUGAGGCUGUGCCAUGGUUAACAAGUCAUCAUCUGCUAUUGGGUAUACACCACACCAUACAUUUACCAGCUAACCUGGCACUUUGUCCAUGAUAUUUGCCUUGUAAGAAUAUACUUUUGCCUAACCUUAGGGUUUUUUUAAACUUUCAGGCAUAUCCUUAUGGAUCACCAGCUUUAUUAAUUCAGCAACAGGUACCUGUCGGGUUUCAGCCUGCUUACAACUAUCAGGUUUGUGUUGAAAUACAUUUCACUUCUACUACUGAAAUGUGAAAGCCAAGCUUGAUGAAGCCUGAUCUCUUUAAUUUUAGAGGAAUACUUAGUUUAAAUAUGUCUGGCAGAUUGUUCAAUUUGAUAUGGAUUUGUUGAAUAAAUGGCUAUAAAAUGAUUUAGAUUUGUUAAUAAGAUUUGCUAUAAGAACAGUUACCAAAAUGGAAGUAGUCUUGAGUUAUGUGGUGGUAGUAUAUCUGAAUGGAUAUUUGAUCGAAUUUACCUUUGUGGUCACUGAGCUGCUUUAAGCAUAGGACCUUUUUUCAGUCUAUUGUAAAUAAUCCUGACAAUACUUACAAUAAAAGGGCAGUAUCCACAUUAAAAAGAAUAAAACAUUGGCUACAGUGAGGCAUGUCCUGCUACAAAGGCAAAAGUCCUUGCGCCAAUGGGAUUACUUAGUUGGAUACAACCCUUGGUGCCCUAUCCUUGUCCAGUUCUGUCACUGAGAUGGCUUGCUUCUUCUCUCUCCUCCUCUAAGCCCUUUGAAGAGAUCAUGUAUUCUGUUUAUAGUACUGUAUCCAGCUUGUGCAAAUCCUGAUUCAACAGAUCUUCAUAAACUUGUUGAAAAUACAUUCAGAUUUCUGCUCCCACAUAGCAUUAUUGUGUAUCUAAGGACUGACAUUUUUAAAAAAACACUUUGAGGUAAAAACUUUUUUUGAAAUAAAUUUGUUGAACUGUCUACUGCUAAAGGCUGCUGCAUAUUGAAACAUCUUAUUUGUUUUUUAAGGUUCCACCACAAUGGCCACCUGGAGAACCCAGAAACUAUAUUGUGCCUCCGGUAAGAGGGUCAUACCAUGUAUUUAAGCUUGAUUGAUUAAGCUAAAUUGACAAAAAAUAAUUCAGAUACUGAAGUACUGCCACAAUAGAGUCUCAUUAAAAAUGGAAGGAUUUUUCCACAGUAGAAGUGAGUGCUGAAAAAGGUUCCCAGUCUGUUUUUCGGCAGAGUGCUGAAGUUGUGCAUCUGGCACAUGUUAAGAUUAAGAGUUAAAUUUUAGAUCCCAUCCUUUACACUAGACAUUUCAAGAAAGCCACAAAAAUCUAUCAGGCGUGCAUGAAGUGCAUAUUUGAAUUUUUUCCUCCCCCACUCCCUCCUCCCCCUCUUCCUAUAAAUUCCUGUAUAAAUUCCUGUAUAUGCGUAAUACUCCUGCUCUAUUAUGCCUUGGUCAGACCACACCUGGAGUACUGUGUCCAGUUCCGGGCACCACAAUUUAGGAAGGAUAGUGACAAGAUGGAUGGAACGUGCAGAAGGAGACAACCAAGAUAAUCAAGUGUAUGGAAACCAAGCCUUAUGAGGAAUGGUUGAGGGAGUUGGGUAUGAAAUUCCUGCAUUGCAGGAUCCCUUCCAACUCUGCUAUUAUCGUUCUAUGAAAAUACUUUUUACCUUUGAUCACCAAUCUAUGCAGAUACCCAUUACUAUACAUUAUUAUUUCAUAUCUGUAAUAAUUUUUGUAUAUAUACUUCAACAUAACUUUGUUAAUAUAUUCAGAACCAUUUAUCUGAGUUUUUAUUGUUAUGUUUUAAUUUUAUGUAAUUCUUCCAUGUCAUACGCUUCAGUGUAAACAAAGAUACAGCUCAAUCCAUGUUAAGAGUUUAAAAAUAAAAAUGAAUAAAUACUAUGCUAUCAAAACCUGUGGGAUUGGUUUGUUGUUUAUCUUCACUGGCAUGGUGACUACUGGUUCUAUAGUUGCUCCUAUGCCCAGCCUAAGGUUAUAGCUACAUUAAGAAUAAGGACAGACCUUUCUGAUAGCUGCCACAUUCCUAUUUAAUUAUCCUAUUCUAACUAACGAGAGAGCUUAUUUUGAGGUGUGUUAAGGAUGCAUAAAUUAUCUCGCCACCCUCAAUAUUUACAACAAGCAGCAUAGAGAUGUAGAGGUCGAAGGUCCAGAGUGGCUCUGUGAGUGAUAGCUGUAGAUUGGGGGGGGGGGGAUGAUGGGUUCCAAGAGAUGCUGUGGCUAGUAGGGUAGGAGUGCAUAGCAGUGUGUUGUAUUAUAAUUACUGGAUGGCCCAUCCAACCCUUUGAGCUUUUAACUGGGUGGGAGCAGAAGGUCACGAUUUCAUAUAAUAGCUUGCAUAUAAUACUUCCAUUUCUUCUGCACCUGGAAUAGACAGUGUCAGUUUAUAUUAACUCAUACUUUGUAUUUUACAUAGGCUUAUACCAUGAAUUAUGGUGGUGAUUUGGAGGUAGGCGCAGAACAGGCAGAGUGUUCUAUGGCUGAGACUGCACAGUCCUGUGGAAACAGUCCACAAAAGGUACCCAUGAUUUCUUUCAACAUCCCCAAAGGGGAACAUGAGAGAUAAGGAAAUGCAGAGUAUGAAAAAGGGGUGUUGUGUGCAUUGCUUCUCUCUGUUCCUGAAGUAUUUUGUGGCCAAGGGUGAAUAGAAAUACUCGAGUUAAAUGAGAAAAGGCUGCUGUCUUGCUUCAUUCAGCAUCUUGUCCUAUGCUUGGCCUUUACAUUUUAGCAUUCUCCUAUGUGUGAGCCCAUUGCUGGAGAAAGUAGCAUGGCAAUGAUAAUUAACGCAAUGUGGCCUAAAUUCGUUAGCAUGGGAUUUGUAUUUCUGCUGUUGGAGGUCCUUGGCCAGACCAGAAUCUACUUGUUUCUUAUUACACAAGAUGAUUAAAUGCCUCAAAUGGGCAGGAGGCUACAGUAGUAUUCUGCCGAGUAGAAUGUUCUAUUCCAGAGAAACCUUUGACUCCAGCAUGGUUUCUCCCCACCCCCCCUCUCUCUAUAUAUACAGUGGUACCUCGGGUUAAGAACUUAAUUUGUUCCGGAGGUCCGUUCUUAAGCUGAAACUGUUCUUAACCUGAAGCACCACUUUAGCUAAUGGGGCCUCCUGCUGCCGCCGCGCCGGCAGAGCACGAUUUCUGUUCUCAUCCUGAAGCAAAGUUCUUAACCCGAGGUACAAUUUCUGGGUUAGCAGAGUCUGUAACCUGAAGCGUAUGUAACCCGAGGUACCACUGUAUAUAUAUUUGCCAUUUUGAAGUUCUAUGCUUGCAUGUCUGAACAACCUUUUAAGUGGAGGAUGAGUCCCAUAGAGGUGGGGAAUGUGUCCUUCAUAUCUGUCCCCUGGAUGGUGUAUGUACUUAGUUUGUGUAAAUAUUCACAGGUCAGCAGUAUGCUACUAUUUUGUUACCUCUGAAUUUGGAUUUGUAUUGGAACUUUGUCCAUAGAAUUCCAGAUCAAUCAUUAUAUUUAUGUAACUUUUAAUCAUAGUAAAAACUGUGUUCACUCUGUCCAAACCCCCUGCACCCCUAAGCAAAUUAUACAUUGGGGUUGUAAGUUAUUUCUUGUUCUCUCUCUGUCUUUCCCUAGUUGCUAGUUCUAGAAUGCAGCAAUCAUGCAAAAGUUGAUUUUGAUAACGUUAUUGUUCGUAGGAUCUACCUAAUCUAACAAGACUAUUUUCAAGACUGCUAUUUGGGACAUAAUUUAUUUAACGCUAGGAAAUCCUCACUGUAGAUGAAGGGUAUUUUUUUAAAGGGAAGGAAUGGUUUUAAUAAAACUUUCAUUUUGUGUUAGUGCUGUGGUGUCUUCCAAAGUGGCUACUAGAAAGGUUACGAAAACAAUAAAGAUCUGAUUUUGGAAAUACCAACCUUUGCAGCAAAGGUCUUGGUACAGACAACUUUAUUUGUUUUUACCUAUGGUGUACAUACUGUAUUGAAAAUAAACUAAUAAAAUGUAAUUACUUUAGAAAUCUGUGGACCGAAGCAUACAGACGGUAGUGUCAUGUCUAUGUAACCCAGACAACAGAUUGAGGAACAAUAUUGUAACUCAGGAGGACUAUCUUAAGGUAUGAAUAUGAUUGCAGACUACUAGAGGAGAUCAAAUCAUUAGGGCAACAACUCUUAAUCACUUGAAUUUUAUUAAUUUGUUAAUUUUUGUUUUUUAAUUGUGCCGUGUUAUUUUUUGAUUUUGAUUUUUAUUAAUUUGUAUUGUUUGACUGUGGUUUGUCUUUUCUUUGUUUUUUCUUUCUUUUUUUCUUUUUUAUUCUCUUUUGUAAUUUUAAAAUUUUCAAUAAAUAUCAUUUUUUUAAAAAAAUUAUUAAUUUGUUGAAGCGUUGGGUCAACUAACUUGCAUUCAGACUAGACCCAUUUAAAUUAAUGUAUAUAAAUUGGUCAUGGUAAUUAAUUUUGAUAGAGCUAUUCUGGGUAAAAGUAAGUUGAAGCCAACCUUUAAAGCUUACUGCUGCUCCUGUUUGGGACGUAAAGAAAUCAGGAUGUAGUUCUGACUACAUACUUGACAGUGACAACUACAAAUAAGCACCUGCCUUCAUAAGCCUUAUUGCCGCAUUUUAAUUUGGCAUUGAAAUGUUCUUACUAAAUACAACUGUUUAAGCUGGGCAAUAAAUGGUUUUCAACAUCAUAAUAUAUCACCAGGUAAAUAUCUCUAUAUAUAUUUGCGGCGGCAGAAGGCCUUGCUGGGGCUCCCCACAGUGGCAGCUCUGUUCCACCAUACCUGCCUGCGAUUGUGGAGGGUGCACCGCACUUCCCUGCAGCAGCAGAGAGCCUUGCCAUGCCUCACCACGGUGGCAGAGUGUCUCUCCGCAGUGGCAGAGGGUGCGCCACACUUCCCCCAGCAGCAGAGGGUCCUGACUGUACUCCCCAUGGUGGUGGCAGAGAGGAGGGUCUUAAAAUGGAUUCUGUGCAUGCAUAAGCCCCUUAGGUUAACUAAACUUUCUUCUACUUUCUGGGAGUAAGCCUCAUUGAAUUAAGUAGGGCUUGCUUGUGAGUAGACACGCAUUUGCUUGCACUGCUUACUGAAAAACGCCCUACGCAUCAUUCUCACAUAGUACCCAACCUCCCAUUUCAGCAUAAGGCAGCCAGCUAAAUCUUUCCCCCCACAGAAGCCCCCCUACAAGCCCUCUUCCCACCAGUUUCUCCAUUUAGCAAGUAAGCAAGCUUUUAUACAAGCUUUUAUAGUACAGUACUUUUAUAAAUAAAUAUAAAAAGCUUCCUUUUUGAUAUGGAGGAAAGCUAUUUAGGGGAAAUCAACAUAAACGCCACCUGAUGAUGAUGAUGAUGAUGAUAAUAAUAAUAAUAAUAAUAUAAUAAUAAUAAUAAUAAUAAUAAAUUUAUUUAUAUCCCUCUCUCCCCAGCCAAAGCCGGGCUCAGAGCGGCUAACAACAGUAAAAUAAUACAGCAUUCUAAAAUCAAUUAUAAAAUCAGUUCAAAUCAAUGUAAUCAAAUUAAUUGAUAGAAAUUAUUCCCCCUCUUUUUUUCACUGGUGGGGGUGUGAGGGAGGAAAGAACUUUAUGAAAAGUAUAAUUGUGCUCUAAUUUCUCUCUUUCUUUCUCCCUCCCCCUUACCACCUUUGUAGGAGAAAAGGGCACAUCAUUUUAGAAGAAGCAGAGCUGUACUCAAAUCUGUUUGAUUAAUGACACUGACCUGAAGUGCUUCAUCUAUUGCGUUUAAAAGAGAGAGAUUACAUACACACAUAUAUAAAAACGCACUUGACAAUUAUGUAGCCUUGUUGGCAAAAGUUGUUUCAAGUUGGAGUUUGUUUGAAUUAUAUGUUAUCUAUUUCUAGACAUGUUAGAAUGUUGUGUGUUAUCUAUUUCUAGAAGUGUUUGCUUUACUUUGUCUAGAUGUUUCACUGUUCUAAAUUUCUAACCAGAAAACUUCUUGAGUUCAGUUUAAAAAAAGAGUUAAGUUGUGUUUAUUCCUAAGCUUUAAAAUAUGUAUGUUUCUGCAUGUUGGCAGUUGCUUCUAACAUUUUAACUUGUACCUUCAGUACUUUUUAUUUACUUCCAGCUCACACUUAAAAAAACGAAGUUUUUUUUUGCUAGAGGUAUUUUUAGAACUGUACUUGAAUCAGGUGAAGACAUCCAGUUGCAACUCAAUUAGUGCCAGAAGUACAUAAGUACAGUGUUGCCUUAAAAAUUCAAUCAGUGGGGACUUCAUUCACUGUGUGUGCUGCUUAGUUUUAUCAGUUUGAGAACUGAUAAUUAAAAGUGUACUCAAGAAUGUAACUUAACGGUAUUAAUUAUACUUGGUGAGUUGCACUUUUUUUUUAUACUGAGCCAUCUUGGCUAAUAGCCAUAUCCUAAAAUUGUGGAAAGAAUGAGUACUAUGCAGUGUGAUCUUGUGCUUUUUAAAACUGGUCACCAACUUUAAAUCAAAGAAUUUGUAAAACUGUUUAAUUAUGUAGACUUUAGUUUUAUAUGAGAAGAAUUCCACAAAAUAAACUCUUUUGAAGUGG